AACACUCUUUUCUCUUUUCAUCACAAAAUGAAUAUACAGGUCAUCUUUGGAGUCCUGUGCAUUUUCAUACAAAAUGCUAUUGGUUUGCUGUUUCAGGAUCCUGUUAUAUGUAGAUUUACUGUGAAUAAGCAGUGUUCUGUAGCUCUGGGACAACGACUCCACUUGCAAUUACCUCUGGUGAAUGGGUUUAACCUAAACAUGAGAGACAACACGCCUGCUGUACAUGUGAUUUUAAGAUACAGAAAAAGUAAUCCACAAAAUCAAAAACCCCCAAGGUGGCAGUUUUAUACUGAGACUAAUACGAUGAUAUUAUCCAGUGCAGAGAGGAACGACUCUGGAACAUACAUGUUAGACACAUUUGAUGAAGAAGGAACUGCAGCAGACAGUUAUAUUCUCCAGCUACGCAUUGAAGCUGAGGUGACCACAGUGAACUUGUGGUACACAUGCUUGUCCUCUGAGGGCAUGAAAGUGUACUGCUCUGCAGAUGGAGACAAUAUCACAUACAGCUGGACUUCUAAUUUACACCCACUUGCUCAGCUGGAGAACGGGACCAACAACCAUACACUAAGUAAAGAGCACAAUGGCAAAGUCACCUGUUUCAUAGAAAAUCAUGUCAGCCAUCACCACAAUACCACAGUACUGCACCAGUGUUCCAGUUUCAUCCCAUUGUUCACGUUAGUGUGGCUCUUUGAAAUCAUCAUCCUCUUGUCGCUGUUAGCGGGAACUAAUUUAUACACAAGACUCAAAGAAACAAAGAACAAAGAACAACUCAGUGAUGAAAAAGAUCAAGAAGCUCUGUAAAUCUGGAUUAAGAAGAAGAAGCAGUUUAUGGUUGCACUCCUCCAUGCCAGCGAUUUAUCCAUCCUGAAACAGCAGAGAUGCAUAAGAAAAAUAAUAGAUGGAAAACACAGAAAACAUAUCUGAUUGCACAAUCGACUUUUUUUCAGAAACCAGAUUCCUAUAGAUUUCUUGAUGAAACAUUUGCAGACAAGUAACAUUUUUCUGUUGUUUACUUAAGCUUUAUUUUAUAUGUUCUUUAAUAAUCAGAUCUUACAAAUUCAAUGCUGA